GACAGUCUCUAAAUGCGGGUAGUUUCACACUACAGUAUCAGACUGUUAGCAUUCACUUUAUUUGCCAGUUGCCACCAGCUCCAAGACGAAGGAGAAGGAAGGAGACUGUCUUUGUGGAAAGAUCAUAUACAGCCUGACCACCUGAAGAAUGGGGAAAAGCUGACUGAGUCCAUGGGAAGUGGAGAAAAAAGAUUUCAGUUGUUCACUGGCAGGAUGAGGAAAGCAGUGCCAGUAUGUCAUGUGCCUUCAUGGAGGAGGUUCAUUGUACCACUCAUGGUCAUGGGCUUGAUUUCCCUUGGCAUUCUAAAACUGCCAAUGUUCAAUAAUAAUCCAAAACCUGUCAUGAUGCUUGUGGACCCCCAUCAUCGAGAGAAACAUGGAGAUGAUCACUGGAUACGCAAUCCCUUUGGAAUCGACAUGGAAAGCAUCACAUUGCCAAGCAAUGAAGAGAAUCCGCUGGUGGAGCCGUCAUGUGAUCAGAUGCCGAAAAAGAAAUUCAGUGAGCGUGUCCAUUCCUUUGUCAGAAGUGUGUUAGCCCGAGAAUGCAGACCAUCUUUUACAAGAAGGAACAUCGAGAGAAUGUAUUCUAGUUCCGUGCCCGUGGCUGAGCCCUUCUUACAAAAAAACAGCAACUUAACAGAACAAAUAUUUGAGUAUCCACCACCGUUUGGAUUUCGGGACCUGCAACACAAGCUAAAAGAAGUCCUGGAUCUCAUACCCAGUUCCUUGUCAGAGAAUACUGGAGGGCAUGAUUGCCGUCGAUGUGUUGUAGUUGGCAAUGGAGGCAUACUUCGAGGACUGGAGCUUGGGCCUCUCCUGAACCAGUUCAAUGUGAUCUUAAGAUUGAACAGUGGCCCAGUGAGAGACUUCAGUAGAGAUGUGGGAAACCGCACUACUAUCAGGAUGAGUUAUCCUGAAGGCAGCCCAAAGAUAUGGGAAGAUGUCGACCCUCAGCUUCAGUUUGUAGCUGUUAUUUACAAAGCUGUUGAUUUCAACUGGCUUCAUGCUAUGAUUUCAAGAACAACAAUAUCACUCUGGGACAAGCUGUUUUUCUGGCAGAAGGUACCUGGUAGCAUUCCAGUUGAUCCUUCAAAGUUCCGUUUACUGAAUCCUGAGAUCAUCAGAGAGACAGCCUUGGAACUGCUCCACUACCCAAAUCCUAAGCCUCGACAAUGGGGCUGGGAUCAGAAGGCAACGUCAGCGGGGAAGACACUCCCCUUCUGCCUCCAGCAAUGGCCAUGACUCUCUAAAGGCUGCAGCUGUUAACCCUCCAUCUCCUACCAGUGCUGCUAAAAAAGGGAUUGCCGCACCAACCACUGGCCACUUCGAGAGGCUCGUCAUGAGGCACAUCAAGACCCUGCUGCCCCCUCACUGGACCCCCUGCAAUUUGUUUCCGUCCCAACCGCUCAACAGAUGACGCCAUCACCACCACCCUCCAUCUUGCCCUCACCCACCUGGACAAUACAGACUGUUCGAAUGCUGUUCAUAGACUUCAGUUCAGCAUUCAAGAAAAUCAUUACUCAGCACCUGAUUGGAAAGCUGAACCUGCUGGGCCUGAACACCUCCCUCUGCAACUGGAUCCUGGACUUCCUGACUGGGAGACCUCAGUCAGUCCGGAUCGGGAACAGCAUCUCCAACACCACCACACUGAGCACUGGGGCCCCCCAGGGCUGUGUGCUCAGUCCACUGCUGUUCACCCUGCUGACUCACGACGAAUCACAUCAUCAAGUUCAUUGAUGACACGACUGUGGUGGGUCUCAUCAGCAAGAACGACGGGUCAGCAUACAGAGAGGAGGUGCAACGGCUAACGGACUGGUGCAGAGCCAACAACCUGUCUCUAAAUGUGGACAAAACUAAAGAGAUGGUUGUUGACUUCAGAAGAGAACAGAAUGACCACUCUCCGCUGAACAUCAGCGGCUCCUCCGUGGAGAUCGUCAAGAGCACCAAAUUUCUUGGUGUUCACCUGGCGGAGAACCUCACCUGGUCACUCAACACCAGUUCCAUAACAAUGAAAGCCCAGCAGUGCCUGUACUUUCUGAGAAGACUGAGGAAAGCACAUCUCCCACUCCCCAUCCUCACCAUGUUCUACAGAGGGACUAUAGAGAGCAUCCUGUGCAGCUGCAUCACUGCCUGGUUUGGGAAUUGCACCAUCCCGGAUCGCAAGACCCUUCAGCGGAUAGUGAGGACAGCUGAGAUCAUCAUCGGGGUCUCUCUUCCCUCCAUCACAGACAUUUACACCUCACGCUGCAUCUGCAAAGCCACCAGCAUUGUGGAUGACCCCACACACCCCUCUCAUACACUCUUCACCCUCCUGCCAUCUGGUAAAUGGUACUGAAGCAUUCAGGCCCUCAUGACCAGACUGUGCAACAGUUUCUUCCCCCAAGCCAUCAGACUCCUAAACACUCAGAAACUGGACUGAAGGAACACACACAUACAUAUGCACACACACAACUGAGCAUCCUCCAUCCUUUUUGCAAUUUUUUUGCAAGUUUUUGCACAUUACAUUAUGCUGCUACAACAUUUAUUAUACUGUACAUAGGCUGCUACUUCUUAUGUUUACACUAUUUCAGCUACUUAUAUUGUACUCUUUGCACUAUUCUCACUAGAUUCACUUUCAAAUAGAACUGUGUACUGGUCGGUGCUGCACUGGGACUUACUGUGCCCAUUGUCUAUCCCAGUAGUCAUUGUACUGUAUUGAGCUGUCUGCACUUGUGCACUUUAUGUAUAAAUUUAUGUAGUCCCUUGUAGUUCUGUGUUGUUCUGUGUUUGUCUUAUGUAGCACCUUGAUCCUGGAGAAACGUUGUUUCAUUUCACUAUGUACUAACUGGCUGUAUAUGGUUGAAAUGACAAACUCCACUUGACUUGACUUGACUUGACCACCCCACCCGCACUCAAUCUCACUAUCCACACUUCCCUCACGUUUAAAAUUUUGUUGCACGACAUCCUGUAAAUAAAAGAGCAUGUUCCCCUGACUAAUGACCUCUCUGUGCUGUUUCAUUGUGUGCAAAGGUCUCAGCCUGUCACAGUGGUGGAGGAUGUGGGCAUCAUAGGACACAGAUAGUGGCAUGGAUAGCUUCUUCCACCAGUUUUUGCAGAUGAGCCUACAGCACAGGCCAACACAGAGAAGCUGGCCCAUGGAAUCGAGAACACAGUCAAAGUGCUCCCGGAGUUGAAGAAUACAGUCAGUACGGCUGUAGCGGUGCCCCAGGACAGCCUCCUGAGGAUCAUGAAAUGGUGGCUCCAGCCGGAGCGUUUGUCUGCCACCGAAGUGGCCGAGAGGGAGGCUAAGGACCAGCUUCUGAGGGCUCUGCUGCCUGAGGAGCGAAAAGCCAUGGGGAUAAGAGGAGCCCAACACCCCCGAGAGAUGAUAGAGGCACUGGAGCAAGCGGUUGCUAUGGUGGAGAUCGGCCGGGGCAAACGGCGAGAGCUUCCCCGUCCUCCACCAGCUCAGUGCCUGGAGCAUCUAGCCCCAGGGGAGGGGAGGCCCAGGCUCAUUUGCUCCACCUAUGGGAUGCCACAGGAUGUGUCCAUGCCCACCGAGCCAGACCCCACCACCCCGCGACCCCUUAGAUAAGCCCUGGCUGGCCGGCUGUGCAUUCCAUACGGCGAUUACUCCCAACCUACCCACUGUUAGUGUAAAAGUCGACAGCUGCCCGGUAAUGGCACUUUUGGAUUCAGGGAGUAUGGUGACUCUGGCCUGGCCCUCUGUUCUGUCCGCACUCAUGCCCUCAAGUACCCUAAAAGUAACCUGCUUCGCCCUCACUUCCCGUACCCCUGCUACCGGGCCAUGACUGGCCGGGAUUCCUGACAGCCAGGGCAUUGCGGGUAAUGAGGAAAAGGCGGGCCAGGACAAUGGGGCCAAGGAUCUGCUUAGUACAGGACGAGGGCGAUGCCGGAGCGACCUCAGCAGGUAAGUCCAAUCCCCCUGCUAACCCUAUUUCAGCCGGGAGCAGAAGGACGAUCCCCGGUUAAAGAACUGCUGGAGCCAGGUGCGAGUUUUUGAAGGCAUUCAACAGCAGCCAGACCAGCACCUCCCCUAUACCCAUUUUCUGGUGCAUGGAGGACUACUGUAUCAGAGAACAAACGAGUGAGGAGAGCCCUGUGAGCUGCUGGUGGUUCGCCAAGGCCAUACCCAGUCCUUAAUGCACCUGGCCCAUUCACAUCCCCUGGGAGGUCAUCCGGGGGCACACUGGAGAAACUAAAGGACCGCUUCAUUUGGCCUGGUAUGGACGCAGAAGUCAGGGCCUUCUGCCAACAAUGCCCCCAGGGCCAGAGAAUGAGCCCCCACAGGCCUACUCCUGCGCCCCAUCCCUCUCCUCAUCAUCAGCGUCCCCUUCGAGCGAAUCGGCAUGGACCUCAUAGGGCCGCUGCCAAAAUCUGCCUGGGGUCAUCAAUAUAUACUGGUCAUUGUGGAUUACGCCACCAGGUACCCCAAGGCAGUUCCUCUCAGGAAAGCCACCUCCCGUAACAUCACCCGUGAGCUCCUGCUCCUCUUCAGCCAUCGCAAAGGACAUCCUCACCGACCAAAGUACGCCAUUCAUGUCUAAAUUAAUGACAGAUCUCUGUUGGUUGUUGCAGGUUAAGCACUUGUGGACAUCCGUCUACCACGCACAGAUGGAUGGUCUGGUGGAACGCUUCAACCUAACACAGAUCGGUCUGAGCGUGCCUUAGUCCACCAAGGAGAGGAGCUCACACCAGCCCAGUCCCAGGAGCUGACCUCAGUUCCACCACAUCAUCAAACCUCUGCCGGGGAUUGUGGUGAGACAGUGGCCCUACCGCAUCCCAGAUGCCGGCCAUCAGGCAGUCGAGGAAGAGUUCAUCUGGAUGCUCAGAGAUGGAGUUAUUGAAGAGUCGAUGAGUCCCUUGUCCAGCCCCAUCGUAGUGGCGCCCAAGCCCAAUGGGAUCAUCUGGCUGUGCAACGACUUCUGGAGGCUAAACCAGGUAUGAGACUUAGACGCGUGGGUGGAGGACCUGGUAGAGCAACUGGGGAGAGCCCAGUUCAUCUUCACGCUCGACCUUACCAAGGGAUACUGGCAGGUGGCCCUAAGCCCGGAGGCCAAGCCAAAAAUAAGUGUGCACACCCUUUUAUAAUUGGGGAUGUGGCUGAGUUCAGAAUGAACUCACAUUGAAAUCACAUUCAAUCUCAUGUUCAAAAGUAAUUAUCAUACAGCUGUCAUCAAUUAAAUUAUUCUGAUUAACCCCAAAUAACUGUUUCUGUACUAUGUUCUUCACAUCUCCUUGGUUUCAAAGAGCUUACAAAGCCUGUACAGGGUCCUCUUAAAAGGUAUCGAUAAGGUAUACAGGUAUGUAUAAAGGUAUAUAUCCAAAUCAAGAAAGGAAUGGCUUAACCAAAAGAUCAAUGUUUUUGAGUGGGCUAGCCAGAGCCCAGACCUGAAUCCAACUAAAAAUCUGUGGGGUGACCUGAAGCGGACUGUGCACAGGAGAUGCCCUUAAAAUUUGAUGGAUCUAGAAUGAUUUUGCAAGAAAGAGUGAGAAAAUAUUGCCAAGUAAAGAUGUGCCACGCUGAUAGACUCUUAGCCAAAAAGACUGAGUGGUGUAAUAUAAUCAGAAGGUGCUUCAACAAUGUAAUAAUUUAGGGGUAUGCACACUUAUGCAACCAGGUUAUUGUAAGCUUUUUAUAUUUUUCUAUUUUCCCUUAAAAUGUAUGAUUGUUUUUCACUUAAUUUUUAUACACUUUAUUUUCUCAUUGAGGUCAAAAAAUGUCAAAAAAUUCUGACAUGAUUUAUCUUGGUUUCAUUUUUUUUACAUCACAAAAACCUGCCAUUUUAACAGGGAUUUGUAGACUUUUUUAAAUCUAGACAUUAUAUGAAAACAAAUAUUUUAUCAUUUAAAUAUUAAUAUUAUACAAUAAUCUGCUGUUACUUUGACACUACAUUGGACCAUGAGUAUUACUUCAUGUACUCAGCUAAAUUAUUUUGUUAAAUCUUCUGUGCAAGCUUAUCACUCAAGUUUGUGGGGAAUAAUUACCCUAAUGAGAAGACCUUCCUUAGGUCCUGUAGUGUAGCUACUGUUUUUUUUUUUAAUGUUCUAUACUUCCAUCAUAAAAAUGCCAAAGCCAAAAAUGACACUUCCCCUCAGCGAUGAUGUGUUACUGGGGGAGUUUCGCAAAAUAAUUAUUUGUAAAUACAUAUAUUUAAUUAGAUUUAAGUAUGUAUUUAAUGUAUUAAUAUGUAUUAAUUGUGACAACAAUACAUUUAAAACUAAAUUCCUUUUGGGGGGCACUCCCUUUAUGUAAUGUGUGUAAAUUAUUUUUUUUAUGUAAAUUGAAAGAAAGAAAAAAAAGAAUUGUAACUUUGUUCAGGUUUGAUGGUAGUGUGUUUGGCUGCAUUUCACAGCAUUUGGUGCUUGUUGCAUCAGUGGCUGUUACUGACAGUAAAAUUUCUUCAUAAUGAGUAUUUUGAUAGUGUUACAAUUAGUAUUGUAUUCGACUGUCAAUACAAAAAGAUAUUUUGAUAAUUAGGAAAUAAUGGUAUAGGAAAGAAGCACCAGGUGUUAUCUGCCUACAUCUCUCUCACAUGCAAGUCCACAGCCAAUAUUUUAAAAUCCUAGAGUAAAAUUUUAUCAUACUGAGGGUAAUUUUGGUUCCAGAAGUUUUGUGGCGCUUCUCUGUAUUCCAAUCUAGCUUUCCAAUUCUGACUGCUGAUGAGUGGCUUGUAUCUUGUAGUAUGGCCUCUAUAUUUCUGCUCGCGAAGUGUUCUUUGAAUGGUCGUUUGUGAUAACUUCACUCCUGCCCUGUGGAGGUUGUUGAUGUCACUCACUGUUGUUUUUGAGUUUUCUUCACAGCUCUCACAAUAUUUCUGUCAUCAACUACUGUUGUUUUCCUUGGCCAAUCUGUUCGAUGUCUAGUUCGAUGUCAUCAGUAGUACAUCAGUGUUUUCUUUCUUUUUCAGCACAUUCCAAUUUGCUGUAUUGGCUAUGCCCAAUGCAUGUCCAAUAGUUUUAAUGGAUUUUCCCUCUUUUCUCCCAUAGACAGCCUCUCUGGUCUUCAGGUUCAUGUUAAUGGUCUUCUAUAAACAAACAAAUAACCUCAGGAGGCAACAAAAAAACACAACAGAUUUCAAUAUGUAGUCAUUUUUUUCCCCAAAAGUAAGCCAACAUUCAGAAACCAGUUGGGAAAAAAUAAGUAUGCCCCACUUACUUUAAGGUGUUUGAAGAAGAGACAAUGGGCAAGCUGCUGGCAAUUGGAGACAUCAAAGCACUCCUUGCCAAAAUUUUAGGAGGAUUAAGAAUUAAAGAGAUCCUCACAGCUGCUAACUUACAAAGAGUAGUGAAUUCUCCAGUAAUGGAUGGAACUCAGUUUGAUCAAUAUCGUCCAUGCCUAUGGCAAACACUGAGGGCAGAGUAUCCAUCUUGUAUAGACCCUAAGUCUCUGAAAGGAGAACAACUGUGUUUCACUCUUAUUCUUCUCCAGAGCAAAUAAAUAAAUAACUCCCGGACAACUACGUUGUAUCUGUAACUCUGCAUUUACUGAACAGCAUUUUACUCAGCCACAUCGCUCAGUGUGAUACACUUACAAGGGUCCGUGCUACAACAUGAGACAAAUAACAAUCACAUUGUUAGAUCCUUCUUUUUUUUUUCUUCUUCUUCUUCUUCAAGUACAACCUUGCAUAUUUAUCUUUAUAUAUGAACACAGUGAAUUGACUGUUUUAAAACAUUUUUUCAUUUCCCCCGUCUCUCUCAUUUUCCAUGUAUAACUUAAGCAUUAGACUUAAAACACAGUCUGCCAAAACCAUUGGUUCUUCUAUCAAGAACAGAGAGUGAGAAGAAAAAAAACAGUCUAUGUUUAACUAAGUUACAUAGUCCUUCAAAUACUGAGGUCAAACACUAAUCCGACCUGCUCUGUUAGUGACAAUUGGUUUGUGUCCCCAUCUGACUGAACACAUUGCUCCCUUGGUCUGAUGUUAUUAGCAGACGGUCUCACUUUGGUGGCCUGUUCUUGAUGACCAGUGUGUCUGAGGUACCUUCUGUUCCUCCUUAGAACACCACCAUUGUCCAGUUCAACCUUGUAUGACCGAUUGACAGAUUCCAAUACUGUUUCUUUCUGCCAAAUUUUUUUGUGACUGUGCUGGUUGCACUCUCACUUGAUCCCCAGGUUUCAAGAUGUUCAUGUCUUUUGCAUGUCUGUUGUAGUACAUUUCCUGUCGUCUUUGAUUAAGCCUCAGUCCUUGUCUCGUGUCUACUACUUUUGGUUUCAAUAGAUUGUUGUGUGUUGGGAGGAGUGUGCGUGUCCUUCUGCUUAAAAGUCUCUGAGCUGGGCUUGCAUUCAGACCCUGCGAUGGAGUGUUUCUGUGAUCUAAGAUUGCCAGAUAUGGAUCUUGACCUGAAAUUUUGGCUCUCUGCAUCAGGCGUUUCGCUGUCUUGACAGCAGUCUCCACUUUCCCAUUACUUUGUGGGUCGGCAGGAGAUGAGGUUUUAUGCUGAAACUCCCAGAGUCUGCUGAACUGUUGGAAUUCUGUUGAUGUAUAUUGUGGCCCAUUAUCUGAGAACACAAUGUCUGGUAUGCCUUGCCUGGCAAAAUGGGCUUUCAGCUUGUUAAUCACUGUGGAAGACUUUGUGUCUGGCAAGUAAUCAAUCUCCCAGAAAUUUGAAAAAUAAUCCACAGUGAUCAGAUAGUGAAUACAAACAAAUGUUGAAUACAAACAAAUCUGUGCCCACCUUAGACCACGGUCGGUCAGGCAGUUCAUGUGGGCAGAGUGAUUCUCUCUGUUGUUUUAUCUCCAGCGAUUUACACUGGUCACACUUCUCAAUGAAUCUUUUUAUCUGGGCGUUCAUACCUGGCCAGUAGAGGCAGUCCCUUGCUCUUCUCAAGCAUCCUUCUACGCCAAGGUGUGCAGAGUGAACUCGGUGUAUCAUGUCACUUCUGAGUGCAUCUGGUAUCACAACUCUUUCGCCUUUGAACACAAUACCAUCCUGCACGGUUAAUUCAUCCUGGAAUGAGUAGUAGUGAACUAUCUCGCUUGGUACAUUUCUUUUGUUUGUUGGCCAUCCUUCUCUGAUUGUUUUUAUCAGUGUCUGCAGUGUGUCAUCUUUUGCUGUCUCUUCACUGAUUACCUUUAGUCUCUCCUCAGAUAUUGGGAGGUACUGAAUCAUGUUGACACUCUCUAUCUCUUUCUCUACCGAUCCUUCCUGUGCAGUGUCCUCCAAGUACACUCGACUCAGUGCAUCUGCCAAUAGCAUCUCCUUUCCUGGAACAUACGUAAUGUCAAAGUCAUAUUUUUGGAGUCUCAUAAGCAUUCUUUGGAGUCUUUUGGGUGCAUGCAGCAGUGGUUUCCUUACAAUAUUCUCAAGAGGCUUAUGGUCUGACUGUACGAUCACUUUACGUCCAUAAGUGUAUUGAUGAAAUUUCUCCAUACCGUACACUAUGGCUAGGCACUCUUUUUCAAUUUGGGCAUAAUCUCGUUCAGUCAGUGAUAAUGCCCGACUACCAAAAGCUACAGGUUCUCCACCCUGCAACAAUGCUGCACCAAGCCCCGUCUCAGAUGCGUUGCACUGCAGAACGACCUGUUCCUUGAGGCUGUAGUAACGUAGUACCGGACCUUGGUUAUGGCUUCUUUUAUGUUCUGGAAAGCCUGUUCAUGCACCUCAGACCAGUCCCAUAAGCUGUCUUUGUGUGUCAACUGUCUGAGCAGUUCACAGUGAUCUGAGAUGUCUGCAAAACUUGGACAAAUAAUUCACCAUGCCUAGAAGUCUCUGUACUCCCUUCACAUCAGUCGGUCUUGGCAUCUCAUUUAUGGCCCAUACUUUCUCUGGAUCUACUUUUAAUCCUUCAGAUGUUAGUAGAUGUCCGAUGUAUGGCACUUCACUUUGUCUGAGUCUGAAUUUGUCUGCGUUCAACUUAAUUUUUCUCUGUCUGCAUCUGUUCAAAAACAAUCUCAGUUUUCGAUCAUGAUCCCUAUUUGCCAUUUCCACUGUUUCUCCUUCCCCUGUUAUCAACACGUCGUCUGCAAUUAUGUGUAUGCCCUGCAGUCCUUCCAAUGCCUGGUUCAGCAGUCUCUGGAAGACCUCGGGUGCCGGGCUUAUUCCCAUAGGCAUUCUCAACCACCUGUAUCUCCCAUAAGGCGUUGCAAAUGUGGUGAGAUAACUUGACGGGUCGUCCAGGUGCACAUGCCAGAAACCAUUCUUUACAUCACAGACUGUAAAUACUCUUGCUUUUGACAACUCUGGCACGAUUAUACCUCGUUCUUGGAGAUUGUUCAGCUCCUCCUUCAGCGGUCCCAUCAUCGCAACCGGUACUCUCCACUUAGGCAGUUUCACUGGCUCCACCUCAUGAUCAAUCUCCAUCUUGUAGCGACCUGGCAGACAACCAUCACCUGUGAAAACAUCUGUAAAUUCACUUGUUAUUUAUUCCAUUGUCCAUCGUCCAUCUGUUUCAUCUCUGUCUGUUUUAGUCACAACAUUAUCCACCACUAGGAUAUUCUCAGACUGCACACUAAUCAGCUUCAUGUCCUGGACUGCUCUGCUUCCUAGUAAUGGUACUGCAGAGUGUGCAUCGACGACCAUAAACUCCAGUCUGUACAGCUUUUUGUUACGUGGAUUUCUCAGUUUCAUCUGGCAUUUGCCUAUUGGUUUCAGUGUACUUUUGUUAUACAUCACAAGUCCCUGGUCUGUUUCGUCUAUUUGAAUGUUUGGAUUCACAAGAUUUAUGGGGAUGAUGUUAUACAUUGCCCCACAAUCCAACUGGAAUUUGACCAAAUUGUUUCUGAGCAGCAUGGCAGCAAACAAUUGACUUGACUGUCUUCCCAGACUCUUUGUGACUUUGUUCACCGCCUCAGUUGUGAUGCUACAAAGAUCCUCAUACUGUUCACUCUCUGCUUCCACUACAUUAUUCACAACUUUUACAUGUCCUCGCUUUAACUUGCAUACAGCAGCGAAAUGGUUAGCUUUUCCGCAUUUUCUACACGUUUUCCCAUAGGCUGCACAUUGCUGUUUAUCUCUUUCGUGUGACUUUCCACAGAAUUUGCAAAUAACAACAGCUUUUCGUUCAUCACCCUUUACUGUUUUACAUGUCGGUGCCUGUUUUACAACAUUAAUUUCCUCUACUGAUCUUCCCUCAAUGGUUUUGCUGUUCUCUCUGGACAACUCAGUGGCUCUGUAAAUCUGGACACAUUUCUGUAGUGUCAAAUUAUCCUCUCUCAGCAAUCUCUCUCUCAGGUUUGGACUAAGAGUAAGAGUAAGAGUAAGAUAUUCCUUUAUUUGUCCCGCAGUGGGGAAAUUGCAUUUAGCAACAGCAGGGGUACAGUACAGAAAGAGUAUGCACACAAGAACAGCAGGGGUACAGUACAGAAAGAGUAUGCACACAAGAACAAGGUAGAUUAAAAACUAUUCUGUACAUAAAUGGCUUAAAUAGUGCUAAAAGCAAAAAUCCUAACACAAAACAAAAAAAGGAGAGGGGUAUAUACACAUAAGUACAGGUUGGUUGAGAAUAGUGUAGCUUGCCAGUAGUGUGACGGUAUUGCACAUUAAAAUAUUGCACACU